CGGGACGCGUGAGCGCAUACACGUCAUCACCGACGGCGGCGGGGGCGCGCGAAGCGACAUAGCGCUCUUUCUGGCGGGAGGACGUGCUCGCGCUCAGAGACUGCUCGCUGAUAAACUGCUAUUAUAAUAUUGAAAAGUAUUGUAUUUUUGUUUAAUGUACGGUUAUAAGUGUGUUAUAUUAUACGAAGGACAUUAAAACGGCUGCUAGUGGGUUCUGAAGGAGCGAUCGCGUUUACACUGAGCAAGUUUUCGCGGGUGAAAUUAACCGUCGAAAUCCAGUCAUAUUCCUGAUAAGUUCGCAUAAUUUUGUGCUGCAAUUAAUCAACUCACUUCUAUGACAAAACACACCCUGAUAAUUUACUCUCAUUGUCAUCCAAGACCUUUCUUUCUUUCUUUCUUUCUUCAGAAUUUUGAGGAAAACAUGCAGGGUUUUUCACCAUUUAGUUGAUUUCCAUGGUGCUCAGUGGUUCCAACUUUUAACUUGUGUUUCAUACGGUUUUCAAAGGCUCACACUUAUCCCAGAUUAGGGAAAAGUGUUCAUUUAUAACCUGGGAAUGUGAGAUGGGUCAGUUCACUAGUUACCAGGCAGACACACAGGGUCCAUUUUGAGAUGUUCUGACUGGAAAAUUUAUAUCAUUGCAUAACAAAUGAUCACUAGUUAGUAUCUCAACAUUGCGCAGUGCGAACGUGACCUAAAGGACAGAUGCUCUCACUGAUAAAAAGCUCUGCUGAAGAUGCGUGACUCGACAAUUAACUCAACAAUUGUGCAACAUUUCAGUUUGUGCAAAGGAUGAACAGUUUUGCAAUGUUGAACAAAAAGUAGUCGGACAUUUAAAUAUAUUUUUUGCUUCACUGAAGAAUACAAGGCCCAACACAAAUGCGAUCUACUGAGAAGAUGGCAAUGACAGUGUUUGUCGUGGCUCUGCUUUCUGUUUUCACGGCGUCUGUCAUCUCUGUUCAUGAUGGAUUCAAGCCAAUCGACUGUUCUGAAAUCUACAAAUCAGGACAAACAGUCAGUGGGAUUUACUCCAUCUAUCCAGUCGGUGACGCUCCUGUCUGGGUUUACUGUCAGAUGAUUUCAGAUGGGAAAGAUGAAGACAAUGGAGGAUGGACAGUGUUUCAGAGACGAAUGGACGGCAGGAUUAACUUCUAUCAGCCGUGGGAAGAGUACAAGAGAGGAUUUGGGACCACCGAAGGCGAAUACUGGCUGGGGUUGGAGAACCUCUACCAGUUGACACGCCACAAGAAGUACAUGCUGAAAGUGGAUCUGGAGGACUUUGAAGGAAGGAAAGGUUUCGCUCAGUACUCGUCCUUCUCUGUGGGUUCUGAAGCUGAAGGGUAUAAACUGCAGGUUUCUGGGUUCACUGAUGGGGGAGCAGGCGACUCUUUAUCUGCCCAUAAUGAUCAGAAGUUCACCACUCUUGACAAAGACCAAGACCCCAAUGCAGAGAACUGCGCCAGACAUUUCCUUGGGGGAUUUUGGUAUACAGCAGGCUGUUACUACACAAACCCAAAUGGGAUGUAUUUAUGGGGAGAACACAACACACAUACCGCUAUUGGAGUGGUUUGGUCAACAUGGAAGAAUAGUUUCAGUGCCAGCAUGAAAACAUUCCUCAUGAAGAUCAAACCUGUGUCUUAAAAACAUUAGCAUAGCUAACACACGUCACACUGUUUUCUUUAUUUGACAAGAGUGACGGUUUAAGAUUUGACUUUCCUCAAUGCAACUAAUGAUGUUUCUGUUAUCUGAUGUACUAUUAUAUUAAUCACAUCUUCAGAAAGAUUAAAUAAAGUCCUACGCUGCAUG